CGCCUUUGUUUUACAGUCUGCCGCUCUUACUGCAAAAUACACACAUCCACGGCGCUAGAAGAACAUAACUGCACUUCUCUCUAGUUACGAAGAACCUAAGAACCACUACCCUAGCGGAGAAACCCAAAGAGACUCAAUCUCUCUGCAUUGUUUUGCACAACACAUAGAAAACAAAUCAGCACUACUGUUACGCGUUAACCAUCAUGUCAGCCUCUACGUAUCUCUACACAACCACAACCACAACCACCACGACUACCACCACCACCAUACCGCCCACCUUGGAGCUUAUCCAGGCGGCCGCUGCUGAGAACUUCGUGCACUACCUCAACAAACUUGAACUGAUCCCUGGUGGUCUGAUUGUCUUGCGUUACAUUCGUUCUUCCUACAAGAAUGACCCUAUCCGGUCCUUGUUUGAAUUGGCACUUUUUAUGUUUGCAGUGCAUUAUUUCCUCCUGUCCAAGAAGAAGGAGAACAAGGCUGAAAUCGUCAAGUUCAGUAAGGCUGAAAUAGAUGAGUUGAUUAACGAUUGGGUCCCAGAAAAAUUGGUGGAUGAUGUUCUGCCAUUGGAACAAUGGCAAUUGAAGUGUAUUCCUGAAAUUGAAGGACAAAACGGCUCGCAUGUCAAGUUGAGCUCCGUGGGCGGAGGUCAACUCACCGCCGGAAGAUUGGUUGGAGGUACUGCCAACUUGGCCACCUAUGAUUUCCUUGAUCUUAAUAACAACCCAGCCAUCAAGGAAGCUGCCAAGUCUGUCAUCUCAACCGCGGGUGUGGGUGCCUGUGGUCCACCAAAUUUCUACGGUACUCAAGACGUCCAUGUUCGUUUGGAAGAAGAUCUUUCUCACUUCUUGGGAACUGACCUGGCCAUCUUGUACGGACAAGAUUUCGUUACCGCUGGUAGUGUUAUUCCUGCCUUUUUAAAGCGUGGUGACUUAUGUGUGGUUGAUGCUGGUGUUAAUAUUGCCAUCCAAAAGGCUUUGAUUGUUAGUAGAUGUAACAUUGAAUGGUUCGAACACAAUGACACCGAACAUUUGGAACUGCUACUUGAAGAAUUGAAGCCAACAUUGGAUAAGGAACCACUUCGUCGUCGUUUCAUUGUUACUGAGGGUUUGUUUGCCAACUCUGGAGACAUUGCGCCAUUGCCUAAAAUCGUAGAACUUAAAAACAAAUACAAGUACAGAUUAUUCUUGGAUGAAACCUUGAGUGUUGGUGUUCUUGGAAAGACCGGAAGAGGUCUUGUUGAGCACUAUGGACUUCUGAGAGAUGAAGUUUCCAUUACUAUUGGAUCUUUGGCUUAUUCAUUUGCCUCUUCAGGUGGUUACUGUGUUGGUGUCAAGCCAAUGGUUCAACAUCAAAGAAUUUCGUCUACCGCAUAUGUCUUCAGUGCCUCUUUACCCCCAUAUUCCGCCAAGGUUUCUUCUCAAGCUAUACGGGAAAUUGUUGGAAAUGAGCAAGAUUUAACCGUCAACGAUUCUAAGCUCAUUCUGUCUCUUCACUCCAAUAUUGAUCAUAUUCUUAAAGGUUUAAAGAAGAGACUUCCUUCCCAAUAUCUUACCAUUGUUUCAUCUCCUCACUCCCCAAUUAUUCACAUUUCAUUGGCGCAGCUGUACCGUAAGCAACUCAACCUCCCUGCAUUCUACGGUGGUACUCAUUUCCUCACCACUGGAAAACAAGCCCGUGUCUUGAAUGAAUUCAAUCCAUACUUCAACUUGGAAUCAUUCCUCUUACAAAAGAUUGUCGAUGGAGUCUUGGCUCAUGCUAACGUACUUCUUACUCGUUCUAAGAUCAUUUUAGAACAUGAAAACUUGCCAGUAAGCAGCCCACAACUUUUGGUUAUGGUGAAUGCAGGCAUAAGUACUGGAGAAUUAGAUAGAACCGUUGAUGCUUUGGCAAAUGUAGCACAAAGAGUCUGUGGUGAUAUUAAAACUGAAGCUAGUUUAUUAAGUUUGGAAGAUGAACUUAUUAGAUAUUAAACAGUUGAACAGGAAAAGUUGAUAAAGUAUGCAUAGAGACAACAAGAAAUUAAAUGAUUCUCGUAUAUGGUUACAUUGCGUUUAUUCUACUCGUAUGAGUCCCCUACCAGACAUUUGGGCAACGCUCACUCUGGAUAAUUAAUACAUAGUACAUAAUAAAUAUUGAUAGGAUAUGA